AAUGCGUAAUCUUAUGGCUGUAAGCUAACGAGUAGCAACGCCAACAUAGUAAAUGUUUAUUGGAGUGAAUUUUUCAUGGAAAAUUAAUAUUUUCCAUUUUUUUUUCGCCGGUAUUUUCUGCAGAUAGUAUAUGGAUAUUAGUGGAGUGAAUCUGAUGAUAUUUUAAUCUGAAAUUGCGUAUUGUGAUAAAGUAAACUUCAUAAAACUUUUUAACAAUCGCCGCCAUUAUCUGUAUUUAUGCAGCUUUACUAAUAUUUUGGUUUAAAAAAUUUACCUAAAGUCAACAGAAAAAUAAGGUGAUUGGAAUUUCGCAAUAUGGCACGUAGUAGAAAAGACAGUACAGGUAAAAGUGAUUCUGAAGCUACAGAUAAGGAUAAACGUGAGAAAGGUCGAGAAAAAGAUCGAAAGAAGCGUGCUGAUUCUACUUCUAGCAGUGGUAGCAGCUCUUCUGAUAGCAGCUCUGGGUCAUCUAGCUCCAGUAGUGGAAGCAGUUCCCGAUCAAGCUCUUCUUCUAGUAGUUCAUCCAGCAGCUCAGGAAGUUCUUCAGCGAGUUCACGAGACCGAAAUCGUAAACGAAGCCGUAGCAAGAGUGCUGAUGGAGCCAAAAGACAUGAUAACAAGGACAAAGAGAAGGAAAAAGAAAGAGAACGUGAACGUGACAGGGAUAAAGAUAAGAAAAAAUCAACUUCAAACUCAAUCUCUGAUAAACCAAAACCUAAAGGACGCUCGAGGUCUCCUUCUCCACGACGAUCACCAUCUCCACGUAGAAAGCGUCGUGAACGUUCUCCAAUACCUCGACCCACGAAAAUUCACAUCGGUCGUUUGACACGUAAUGUGACAAAGGAACACAUUAUGGAAAUAUUCUCAACAUAUGGCAAUAUUAAAUUAGUAGACUUUGCUGUGGACAAACAUCACCCUAAUCACGGGCGUGGAUUUGCUUAUGUCGAAUACGAAACGGCUGACGAAGCUGAAAAUGCUAUGAAACAUAUGGACGGUGGUCAAAUUGAUGGCCAAGAGAUAACUGCUGCUCCGGUUUUAUUGCCAAAACCACGACCACUUCCUAUGCGACGAAUGUCUCCUAUUUUAGGACGACGGGGACCAAUCAGAUGGGGUGGUGGAGGAAGGAACUCACCGCCACGUUAUCGUCGACGUUCGCCAAUUAUGAAUCGUAGACGUAGUCCAAGGCCUCCUAGACGCCGACAGAGAACACGUUCAAGGAGUCCUAUAAAUAAUCCUCGUCAUCGCCAUCGAAGAUAUACACGGUCUAGCUCGAGUAGUUCACGAUAGCGAUACAAUAUGACACAAUAUUGAAAAGAAUCUUUGGUCAAUAUUUCUGAAAGGACCCAUUUAAGCACUUGAUUCUCAUAUAACGCAUCAUUGAGACUGCUGGAGUACGUGAAUGUUUAUAAUGUACACAAAAUAUUUGAAUGGAUGUAUUUCUAGAUGUUUCAAGACAUCUAAAUUACAAUUUUUCGUGAUCGAAAA